AUGUAUAACAAAACUGGUUCAAAGCAACCGGCUGCACCCCCCCUGGCGGCCUCCUCCGGGGGGGGGGGGGAGAGAGAUACACACAGACAUGCCCAAAGUCAACUCGAAUCUGCAUCACCGAAGAACGCUUGCGAUCGAAUGACGUCGGUUAGUGAACGGAGUCACGGCAUUAGCCUCCACCGCAGUUCAGGUCAGGGCUCUGGACCAUGGCCACGAAAGAAAAAAGCCCCACAAGUCGUACGGCGGCCUGUUUCUGACAGGGCGACCUCAGUCACAGUGGCAAACAAGGAUAUGGGUAUCUCACCAAUCGUAGCAUCUCAUUACAACAUGGACCCUACGCUGAGAGACGACUCACAGGCAACUCUCGUCACUUCGUGCACUGAUCUCGUUUCAACAGCCUCUGAAAUCACACAUGGGUACAACAGUGAUCCACACAAUCUUUCUGCACUAAGUGAGUCCACAAAUUGUUCCGAAUGUUGGCCAAUGACUCUAUGA